GAGGAGGAAUUGGGGAUGGAUGGUUAUUAUUAUGUCAGCGGAGGAGGAGCGAGGGCCAGAGCAGCAGCAGCAGCAGCAACACAGCAGCAUCCAGAGCAGCCAUAGCCAUAGCCAUGCCGGCCUGUGGCCAGGGCAGCCUGAGUGGCCGCAGCAGCGGAGCCGCCCUGGCCUCCCUCCUCCUGACAGUUUACACAAUCCUUUCAAAGGUGCAGUCUGAUAGGAAUGUGUACCCUUCUGCUGGCGUUCUGUUCGUUCAUGUUUUGGAGAGGGAGUAUUUUAAAGGGGAAUUUCCUCCUUAUCCAAAGCCUGGUGAGGUAAACAAUGAUCCUAUAACAUUUAACACAAACCUAAUGGGUUACCCUGAUAGACCUGGUUGGCUACGAUACAUUCAAAGAACACCAUAUAGUGACGGAGUUCUGUAUGGAUCACCGACUGUAGAAAAUGUGGGCAAACCAACCAUCAUUGAGAUCACUGCAUACAACAGGCGUACCUUUGAGACUGCACGACACAAUUUGGUUAUUAAUAUAGUACCAGCAGAAGAUUUUCCUAUGCGAUAUCAAGCAGAAUUCUUUAUUAAAAACAUGAAUGUUGAAGAAAUGCUGGCAAGUGAGGUUCUUGGAGAUUUCCUUGGGGCUGUGAAAAAUGUUUGGCAACCAGAGCACCUGAGUGCCAUAAACAUCACCUCAGCUUUGGAUAGGGGAGGCAGAGUCCCACUUCCUAUUAAUGAUAUGAAAGAAGGAGUCUAUGUUAUGGUUGGUGCGGAUGUUACUUUUUCUUCCUGCUUACGGGAAGUUGAAAACCCACAAAAUCAGCUAAGAUGUAGUCAAGAAAUGGAACCUGCCAUAACCUGUGAUAAAAAGUUUCGUACUCAAUUUCACAUAGACUGGUGUAAAAUCUCUUUGGUUGAUAUAACACAGCACAUUUUUACCUAUCAAGAAGUGAUUCGUGGUGAAGGCAUAUUACCAGAUGCUGGCGAAUACAAGCCCCCUUUGGAAAGUCUGAAAAGUCGGGAUUAUUAUUCUGAUUUCCUCAUUACAUUGGCAGUACCCUCUGCAAUAGCACUGGUGCUUUUUCUAAUACUUGCUUAUAUUAUGUGCUGCCGAAGGGAAGGAGUGGAAAAGAGAAACAUGCAAACACCAGAUAUCCAGCUCGUCCACCACAGUGCAAUUCAGAAAUCCACAAAAGAACUUCGGGAAAUGUCUAAAAACAGAGAGAUAGCAUGGCCUCUCUCAACGCUUCCAGUAUUUCACCCAGUCACUGGUGAGAUUGUACCACCGGUUCACCCAGACAGCUAUGACCACACUAGCAUGCCACUGAUGCAGACACAGCAGAACCUGCCACAUCAGACUCAGAUUCCACAGCAGCAAACAGAAGGAGAAUUUCGAAUGACAACAUUCCAGAGAUUGGAGGUAAAUGGUAUCCCUGAGGAAAGAAAACUUACGGAAGCAAUCAAUUUGUAAAUAAAGCUGCCAAGAUCAUAUUUUAUUUCCUCAUCUGUUCCAAUGAGGCAUGAGUUUCACUGAUAAACGUGUGCAUGCAUGCAGUAUUAAAUAUUCCAGUGUGCUAUGAUGCAAUUCCAUAUUAUUAAAUGUACUGUAUCAUUUUGUACUCCUGACAUUUUCAACAAAUUUGUAAAAACUUAACUUUUAUAUUUGUUAUAUUAAAAUAUUUAAAAUAAACAAAUAUUAAACUA